CGCAGAUCAUCAGAACAAGAAGACGACGACGACCAUGACCAAAACUCUCUCUUAGAAGGGUGAAUGACAGAAAAGUAAGAAAGUUCAUAGGAAAAAGUUAAAAAAAUUUAAACAAAGAGCUGAUUUCGACAAAAAGCAACUUGCUUUGCUCUCUCUAAACUGAUUUCUUUUCGCUUAUAAGUCCUUUUUCUCCUGUCUUUCUCUCUGAGAAAAAAUCAUUGUACCCCACCAUCACAACCCCAUAUACAACAAACCAAUAUUCCCCCUUGUAAUAUGAGCAGUAAAGCCAGCAAGAAAGAAACAACUCCCCACUCCCUCCUCCAGUCACUACUAGCAGAAGAAGAAGAAAAGAUAAAGUCUUUGUUCAAUUUCAUGCUUCAUCAUUAAGAUUUCAAACCCAUCAAAAACUCAGCAUCAGCAUCUAUGGUGGAAAAUAACGACAACAACAACAAUACUGGUCCAUCUUCUUCCUCUGACGCCUUCACUUCCUCAGAAAAUGCAUUAACCAUUUCAAACAAACGAAAAAGAAGACCCGCUGGCACCCCAGGUAUUAAAUUCUUAUUAAAAAAAAUUUCUUUUUUACUUAUAUCAUGCAUCAUUUGAGGUUUAUAACCAUUUUUAAUUUAUGGGUUUCAAUCUGUUUUUGAUAUAUUUCAUGCAUUUGUCAAAAUAAAAUUGGUGGGCUAGAAUUGUAUGAUUUUACUUCUUUUUUUUUUAGAUCCAGAUGCUGAGGUUGUUUCGCUAUCUCCAAAGACGUUACUGGAAUCGGAUAAAUACAUAUGUGAGAUCUGCAACCAAGGAUUCCAAAGGGAUCAAAACUUGCAGAUGCACAGAAGGCGGCAUAAGGUGCCAUGGAAGUUGCUAAAGAGGGAAAAUCCUGAGGUCAAGAAAAGGGUUUAUGUGUGCCCAGAACCAUCUUGCUUGCAUCAUGAUCCGUGCCACGCACUUGGGGAUCUUGUGGGCAUAAAGAAGCAUUUCAGGAGGAAACACAGCAACAACAAACAAUGGGUCUGUGAGAAAUGCUCCAAAGGUUAUGCUGUUCAAUCUGAUUACAAAGCUCAUCUCAAAACUUGUGGUACCCGAGGCCAUUCCUGUGAUUGUGGCCGUGUGUUUUCCAGAGUGGAGACCUUCAUUGAGCAUCAAGACAGUUGCGCGAUUCGUCGACUCCAGCCAGACAUGAAGGCUAUGCAGCAGCCAGAUAGCUCUUGCUGUGUUGGUUCCAGCACUAGCCCAUCUAGUCAUGAUACAAAUUUCAGUAUGGUUGCCCCCAAGCAGGCAACGAUGUUAAUGAUGCCUGCUGCAAAUUUGGAAACUCACUCAUUUAUGGGUUCUGACUGUAACAACAAUUCUACUAAUACUCCUGGAGCUGUUCAAGAGCAACACAAUUUGGAGCUUCAGCUGUUACCAUCUUCCUACAGUGAUGAGGAUAUUCAAGCAACAAGCUUGAGACUAUCUAUAGGAAGUUCUCCAAACCGUGAUGUAGAUGAAAGAAACCAAACCAAAUCUUUGAAUGUGUAUAAAGGGUUGCUUGGAGGAGAUCAAGGAUCAUCAGCAAGGUUGAAUCAAUCAGAAGCAGAUGAGCAACUGCAGGUUGCGAUGGCUGAGAGGGCAUUUGCGGAGAAGGCAAGACAGCAAGCUACGAGGCAGCUGGAGUUGGCUGAAAUGGAAUUCGCCAAUGCCAAGAGGAUUAGGCAACAAGCACAAGCUGAGCUCGAGAAGGCGAAGGAAUUGAAAGAGCAAGCAACCGAAAUGAUUAGCGAAACCAUCACGGAGAUCACUUGUCAUGCGUGCAGGCAAAGGUUUCAAGCAACAGCAGCUCAUCAAAACAAUGUCUUGGCUGAUGAUGAGACUUCGCGGGCUUUGAGUUACAUGUCUUCAGCUACUGAUGCUGAGGGAGAUUAGUUAAGGAAAAAGUCCCUCCACAUCAUAGAAAGCUAUAUAGAUAGAGUUCUUACUUCUUACUUUCUUUUUGGAGGGGAAUCAUUUUACCUUUUGUUGACUUAUCUAGUGGUUUUCUCUCUAUAGUCUAUAUCCAUCCUCUGGAGUUUUUUUCUUGGAAAAAAAAGUUGGUUCAUUGAGUUUCAGUUUUAUGAAGAGCUCAAUGGAGGAUGUGUUCCCCUGAAUAGUUAAAAAGAGAAAUGAAAUUAAUUUGGAUCAGAUAGCAUGGUAAGAGGGCAUUUAUUGUGUUCCUUCUCUGUGGGCUUAAACUCUUCUCUCUAAUGAUGAUCCCUGUCGAUUUCUGGGAGAGACCCAGUUUUACGUAAUUUGUCAGUCAGGCAUGUUUUCUUUGUAACCAGAUUUGAUUCUUACCGUUCGCCCUUUUUCUCUUUGAGUUGCUUUUGAUGUCCAAAAGAAGAAAAAAGGUCCAGUAACGAACUUAAUGAGCCUUUGGAUUCCUUUUUUUUUCCUUUUCUUCUUGCAUGCAGGAGCCUAUUCGACGUGGUCAACAAUGAUUAAUAUCAAUUUAUGGGUAUUCAUUUGUCCAUGCACCC